AUGAAGAAACACAUGCACGACUCGUUCCUGAGCGCGUCGUGGGAUGACACCGUGAAAUUGUGGACCGUCGAUCGGCCGGCGAGCGUGAGGACUUUCAAGGAGCACGCCUAUUGCGUUUACUCAGCAGCGUGGAACCCUAGGCACGCUGACGUCUUCGCAUCCGCUUCGGGUGAUUGUACCACCCGCAUUUGGGAUGUUCGCGAACCAGGUUCCACCAUGAUACUCCCCGCCCACGAAUUCGAAAUCCUCUCGUGCGACUGGAACAAAUACGACGACUGCAUCAUAGCAACAGCAUCAGUCGACAAAUCGAUCAAAGUUUGGGACGUGAGGAAUUACAGAGUGCCGGUGGCCGUGCUAAACGGGCACGGCUACGCGGUGCGGAAGGUGAGGUUUUCUCCUCACAGGGGAAGCGUGAUUGCUUCUUGCUCAUACGACAUGACUGUUUGUUUGUGGGAUUAUAUGGUUGAGGACUCUAUAAUCGGGAGAUAUGAUCACCACACGGAAUUCGCGGUUGGAGUCGAUAUGAGCGUGCUCGUGGAAGGGCUUUUGGCGAGUACUGGAUGGGACGAGCUCGUUUAUGUGUGGCCGCAUGGUACGGACCCAAGGGCCUCGUGA